GGAAGAGGGGAGCGUGCAGUCGUUUAGACUACAUCCGCUCGCACCACACUGUCAAUGCGUCCUCCAGGAACGCGCAUGCUUCUCGCAGACCUCCCCUCCAGUACAACGCAACAGUGCUUGCAUGAAAGUCGCACUCCAAUCUUUUUGCGCUCAUUUUGCACAAUUGUUAUUCGGCUAAGUGAACUAACGACGACUGUUGUACACAUUCUAGUCCUCUCUGCUGCAACUAUAAAGGCACAUAACACUAACUGGCUUCGAUGAACAUAUUCAGGAUUUAAGAUGGUAAUUGUAGGGUUUCCAUCGCUAUCGCAUCUCUGGCUGGUCUGCUGUGUUGUUGUGCUACGAUUAGCUGAAGGUGUGGUGAAGAUCGGUGUGGACUAUCUUAAUGAUUCCGGUCGUGUUGUGAUCGGCAAUCAGACCUUCUCGUUGCCGGGUCAAGGUGUACGGAUCAGUUGUCGCAGUGAUACAUCGCUGCCCGGCACAAAAAUCUCCCUUACGGGACCGGAAAUCGGGCGGCUGGGAGGACCUCCCGAUAGCGUUGUGAUAAUCGACUCCAUAGAGUCCAAGCAUGGUGGACUGUACGGCUGCACAGAUGGCUCAUCCGUUGAUACAUAUUUCCUUAAUGUUCUGGAUGCUAAUUUACUGGUGGCCGAGAAUGUGACCACAAAUGGCACCCAGUACCAUGUAACUCUGAAGUGUAAUCAGCAGUUCCAGCAUCCAUUGCCACUCAUAUGGCGGUACCAAGAAAAUGGACCGGUUUUAAACGGUAUUCCUAAAGCUGCUCAUACUUAUGAGGUGAAACCUGACGCAAACUGGAGUUUGGUUAUAACUAACAUGGGAAGAUACCCAGAAAAAACUGGAAAUUACUUUUGUGAACUGAAUUUAACGGAUUCCUCGUACCGACCAGACAAGCCGUUGAGAAAACUUGUGGAGUACAAUUCUAGACCAGAUGUUCGUUUCCUGGCAAACGACAUACGAAAGGCGGCAACUAGAGCGGAACGCCACACGUUAACAUGCAUAUAUACCGGACAUGGACAUGGAAAAGUUAAAUGGAUUGUGAAAAACAGCAUAGCUAACUAUACAAUAUUCGACUAUGAUGAUCAACGGGAAGUGUGCGCUAGCGCUAAUAAUCGUUUGUGCACCAACCCGCCAUCACGAUUCCAGUUAUACAGGGACUUGGAGCUUGAACAAACUGCAGAUCUAAAAGAGCAGAACGAAAGCGUAUCCGUGCUUUCGAUUGAUAAUGUUAACGAUUUAGAUCGUGGAGAGUACUGGUGCUAUGUCAGAAAUAAACAUGGAGAAAAUGGAGCGAUGGUAUUCCUCAGGGUGAAAGAUAGAUUUGCAGCAUUAUGGCCGUUCCUGGGAGUACUAGCUGAGAUUAUUGUCCUCGCGCUUGUUAUCUGUGCUUGCGAACGACGACGCAAUAAGGAGUUAGCGGCUGAAGAGGAGGAAGAAGCUGCACAGCUGAUGCGCGAUAGUGAAGCCGCCAGGGAAAGAGAAGCGAGCGUGCGUAACCGGAAAUAAAGCAGUUAUUUCGCAAGUGCACUUAAUUUCUUAUGAACUGGAUAAAAGAACGAAUGUGAUCGAUAAAGCAUACUGCAUAAUCGUUGUCGGCAAUGAUGUCAAGGGGCUGCGCGAUAUGUGAAGAGCUGAUUACUAUCUAUGCUGCGGAUUUUUUUUAAAAUUUACCAUUAGUAUACUGUUGUGCGUCCUGGUCAUCGAGAACAUUCAUAUAUCAUGGUUGAAUUACCAGUUACCACAAAUCAUUUUUGUCCCGAUCGUGAAACAGUGAUUGUGAUCCUGAAGCAUUGA